CAUUAUAAAUAUUACGCCUUUUAAUAAAAAUGAUAAAUAGAAAUAUAUCUGAGAAAAAAAAUCAUUUUCGUUCUCAGUCAAUAAACAGACCUUUCCUUCAAUUUUCUAACAGUAUUUUCCGAAUUUCCCUCCACUACAAACCCUAAACUGGUCGAAACUCGCAGACGAACUGGUAGCAGCAGCAGCAGCAGCAGCAAGAGGCAUGGCGGGUGUGGCUCCUAUUCCAAUGGAUACAUUCAAAUUGGGGUUUAUAGGAGCUGGAAAAAUGGCAGAGAGCAUUGCGAAAGGAGUCGUCCAUUCAGGCCUCAUGCCCGCUUCCCGAAUCUCUACUGCUCCUAGAAGUUCGAGUCGCCAAGAUGCCUUUGAAUCAUUGGGCGUCAAAAUUUUCGAAACCAAUCAGCGGGUAGUUGAAGACAGUGAUGUGGUUGUUUUUUCUGUGAAACCUCAAGUUGUUGAAGAUGUGGUCCUGGAGCUGAGGCCGCUACUAACGAAGAAGAAGCUUUUGGUGUCUGUUGUUGCUGGAGUUAAAUUGAAACAUCUACAGGAAUGGGCUGGUCACAGCCGAUUUAUAAGGGUGAUGCCAAAUACUCCUGCUGCUGUUGGCAAGGCAGCAUCGGUUAUGAGCUUGGGAAAAUCUGCAACAGAAGAGGAUGGAGGACUAAUAGCGAAUUUGUUUGGAGCAAUUGGCAAGAUAUGGAGAGCUGAUGAGAAGUACUUCGAUGCAGUCACUGGCCUGAGUGGCAGUGGCCCAGCCUAUAUAUAUAUAGCAAUAGAAGCUUUGGCUGAUGGAGGGGUAGCUGCUGGUCUACCUCGUGAACUUGCAUGGAAUCUAGCUUCUCAGACGGUAUUAGGAGCAGCAGAUAUGGCCAUCAGCACAGGGAAGCAUCCUGGUCAGCUCAAAGAUGAUGUCGCAUCACCUGGUGGCACAACCAUUGCUGGUAUUUAUGAGUUGGAGAAGGGUGGAUUCCGUGGGAUCUUGAUGAAUGCUGUUGUUGCUGCUGCCAAGCGAAGCCUUGAUCUUUCUGAGAGCUAGUCUUUAUUAUUUCAUUUUUGGGGACUGGGAUUUAGAAGGGAAAACAACUGAAGCAAUUGUUUUCAAAAGUUAAGCUCUUGGCCCUUGCUUUCCUUCACCAUGGCCAACAUAAACAUUUACAGGGGUUAUUAUGAUUUUUUCCUAGGUCUAUUUUAUGGAUUGUUCUUAUGGGUUAGUAAAAAUUUUGAUCGGUCUCUUAGAUUUCUUUC